UGAGUGUUCAGAAUUAGCCUCGCGGAGUGGAUGGAAGGCUGCCAUUCUGACACAAAGGUUUCUGUCGCUCAGGGAUCCCGUCCUGGAUUAUAUCACCAGGCUGGAGCCCAAAGUCGGGAUUCCAUUUCGGUAUUGUCUCUUUGUUCCUGCUAGGCCUCUCAGUCGGGGUGGUGUCAGAGCCAUACACGCCUGUCUUGUACGCUUUGAAGAGUUGGGUAUAUCUUGCAGAAGACGUACUGAUUGAGGUUGAGCUUUCGAUGCUGGAUUCAAGCGAAUGCGGAGGCAGUGUUCUGGCACAGACAGCUGGGUUAGAGGUUAUUAGAAGCAACCAGCGACUUGAGUCAGAGAUUUAGAAGAGCAUCUGCGUCUUCCAUGGUGUCGUUCGGGCGCGGCGACGGUGGUUGUGUGUGUGUUGACGGAUGUUGUGUACGACAUACGGCGUGAGGAGGCUCGGCUUUGAAGUGCUGGAAAGUUUGUAGAGUUCGCAGUUGGAUCACGGGGGUGGAGGAGCAUUUGGUAUGGUGAAUUGGAGGGCAGUCGUUGUGUCGGGGUAAUCUCAUGGUAGAGUUUGAGGUUGUGUGUUGGUGGCUACGAGCUAUAGGCAUUGGAUGCUUCGAAUAGUGGGGUGAGGACUCUUACUAGGGUAGUAUCAGCAUUCAGUUUGGUUGGAUAUUGCGGGGCGCAUCUGAGGAUUGCGACAACAAUUUUCUUGUAAUUCUCAUUGCGAAGGAGGAUCGUCUCAAGUAGAUUUGAGAGCAUUCCAAGUUUGCGAGAUUUUGUGGAGAUGUCCAUGCGCCAAAGGGCCACACAGUGCUUGGGGAAGCUCCCCGACAAGCCGCGUAGCCGUGCUUCCAAUCCCACGAGCCCACUAUGGCCUGGUCAUCAUGUUCGGUCGCACGAGUUAGAACUGAUCGAGCCCAGUAGCCCUGUUGCGUCUGUUACCUCUGAGAGGCUCUUCCGAUCGAGAGAGACAGUGAAGGCUUGGCUGGAAGCAAGCCCCAAAUCCGUUCUUGACAAUCAUCUCGUUGACGAGAUUUCGGGUUCUUCAUUUGAAUCCCACGACUCCUCUCCUGCUAGUUCGGAGUACCGUGGCUGCUCCAAUCGAUUCGGCUGUUCCAGCUCGAGGACUAACCGGCUUAGGGCAAGGGCUAUUUCUCCUCCGAAGUGUCCAGCAAACAUUAACUCUGAAGAUGUUUCGAGGAUUGAUACCGGACGUUGCGGCGGCAGCAACUUCCUUGUGCACGUUUUCAAGGAUGCACAACAUUUUGAGACACCGUCGCCAUCUGCAUUCCAAUACGCGGGAGCUUUUAGGGAUGAUCACCUUCGAGGUUUUGCCCCAGAGGAAUGCGGCUCUCCCGGAAGCGAAUUUAGCUUGACUUCUGAAUGGCACAACAUGGUGGCAGCUGGAACUGCCGCAGGCAUGAGCACACGCGGUUCGACCUCGAAUAGUUCGGACUUCGACACGCAUGGAGGUUUGCGUAGAUCCCGGCUCAACCUGGGUUCAUCUGAUUAUGUGGUUCGUACAAAUCCGCGAGUGUCAAGGAGCGCAUGCCGAACUCAAUCUAUGGAACUCCCACGAUUAGCUCGUUUUAGUGAACUUUCGACAGGCCGCCAGUUCGAAGGUGACACUCACCCAGCACAAAUUAAGACUGUCGGACACAGUGCCCCGCUUAAAAGGACAUAUUCGCGACAGCCAUCUGGAGAUAAUGAUGUAACUGAUCUUCAAAGAUUAUCAAGAGGAAACUCAGAGUGCUCCGCUUCCAUGCGGGAAGCAUUUGCGCACGUUUCUAAGCAGAAAGCUCUCAGCCCCACUGACUUGAAGUACGCCAAUCGAUAUGAGAGGGAAGUAAGGGAACACAAGUCCUGGGAAGAGCAACAACGGACUAAAGCCGCUUCUGCGCUGAGGCAAAUCGAGUUGAAGCUGGAGCUCAAGCGUGCACGCUUAAUCGAGAAGAUGCAGAACGAGGUAGCCGUGGCGCGACGGAAGGCAGAGGAGAAGAAGGCCAUAGCUGAGGCGAAACGUGCUGAUAAAGCAGCGAGAGCAGCAAUGGAUGUAAAGAUCAUGAGACGGCCCGUCAAAAAUCCUCGUGGUUGUCUUUUCCUCGGUUGAUACUCAAAGCGAACUCUCCACCUCGACCACAUCCUUCAAAAGUAUCCUUCAACUCAACUCUACUCAACUCUCAACAAUUACCAUUCCGAUUUCACAGCCCCGCUUCCUCUUAGUGGAAGAUUGAUUAUUUUUCAGUGACGUGAUGUUUUCACGGUUGUACAAUGUGCAAGCUCCAUCACAUACACCCGGGGACGACGGUCUUCAGAGGUGUUCAGAUCUCAUCAUUCAUAAUCCUGGUCCGCACUGUGACAGGAAUUUGUACAAUAAAACAGAUGACACUUGUAUUAGAAUAUAUCACUGUUCAAGGCUUAUAUCACUAUUCAUGGCGAAUUAAUCGCCACUCCGCUUCUCAGGUCAAAAUCUUGGCUGUAGAUCGACUUACUAUUCAAGGUUUGCUAAUCUAUUCACGCUAGGGGCUGAGAAGCAUUUUUCUCGAGAGAAUGAUCAAUAGUCUAGCAGUAAUUAUUCGUGGCUACCAAUUGUUUCUUCCAAUUCAUACUUCGGAUUCUACCAACAAUAAAUUACGCACGGAAGAUGUGCUUGACUUA